AUGAGUACCAAAUCUAAAGUUCAAAUUGCUAUUGACAGGGGUGGAACAUUUUGUGACAUAUGGGCCAAUAUCCCGGGUCAAGGUGAAACUGUGUUUAAGAUUCUUUCUGAGGAUUCUCAGAACUAUGCUGAUGCACCUGCUGAGGGAAUCCGAGUUGUUUUGGAGAAAUUCACCGGAAGGAAGAUUGCGAAAAAUGAAAAGCUCGACGGUAGUUUAAUUGAAUGGGUGCGUAUGGGUACAACGGUCGCGACAAAUGCUCUUUUGGAGCGCAAAGGGGAGAAAUUUGUUUAUUUUACGACAAAAGGCUUUGAAGAUGUACUUGAGAUAGGCACACAGGCUCGUCCAGAAUUGUUUAACUUAAAAGUGAAAACACCCGAGACCUUAUUCGAUAAGGUAAUUGGUGUCGAUGAAAGGAUCACAGUGGAAACGUCAUCUGACGAUCCAAAUGAGCAGAUCAUUGAUUUACAGGACAAAAAUGUCAUCCGGACCCCAUCCGGAACAUAUAUUCGUGUUAUCAAACAAUUGGAUGUGUCAGCUGUUAGGAAGAGCUUACAGAAAGUGUAUGAUAUCGGGUAUCGUUCUUUAGCUAUAUGCUUUGCACAUGCAUAUUUAUACGAUGUCCAUGAAAAGAAAGUUGCAGAGAUUGCUCAUGAAAUAGGAUUCCGGUAUGUUUCAAUUUCUUCAGAUGUUUCCAGAACAAUAAGCUAUUUACACCGUGGAAAUGCAACGUGCAUAGAUGCCUAUCUUACUCCACGUAUUCAGAAUUAUGUUUCCAAGUUUCUUUCUUCAUUUUCCGUCGUUCCGAAAGUCCAAUUCAUGCAAUCAAAUGGAGGAUUGGUUGACGCAAGACAUUUUCGUGGUAUAAAUGCAAUUCUUUCGGGUCCUGCUGGGGGUGUUGUUGGAGUUAGGGAGACGUGCUUUGAAAAUGUGCCAUUAGUUGGUUUUGAUAUGGGUGGAACAUCUACUGACGUGUCAAGAUGUGACGGAUCCGACUUUGACAUAUCGUAUUCUGGUAUUAUUGCGGGACUCGAGAUCUCCGCACCACAAUUACGAAUCCAUACAGUUGCUGCAGGUGGUGGUUCUAUUCUUCACUGGGAGAAGGGUUUGUUUCGGGUAGGACCACAAUCUGCAGGAUCUGAUCCUGGAGCAGCAUGCUAUAGAAAAGGGGGACCUUUAACUGUUACGGAUGCCAACCUUUUUCUUGGACGCUUGGUGGUCUCCGAGUUCCCUCAUAUAUUUGGUCGAUCUGGCAAAGAGCCGCUUGAUAAAGAUAUAGUUGAAGCUAAAUUUAUUGAGCUAGCUCAUCAAAUAUCAUAUGAUACAGGUAAAAAGAUAGAUCCUCAUGAAGUGGCUCUAGGAUUCUUGAGAGUUGCAAAUGUGAAGAUGGCUAAUUCUAUUAGGGAAAUAACUGAAUCGCGUGGAUACUCUGCGAAAGAUCACGUGUUAGUUUCAUUUGGGGGUGCUGGCUCUCAGAACUGUACUUCUGUUGCCAGAAAUUUAGGUAUAUCUAGAGUACUUAUUCACAAAUACUCUUCUAUUCUUUCCUCAUAUGGAAUUGCACUUGCAAGGAUUUCAAAACAGGAGAAGUCCCCAUUUGUUUCUGAAUACAAUUGUACAGCUGACAUAAAGGAACAAACGAAAAACAUCAUCAAUGAGUUGAAAGGUAAAAUUGCGAAGGAAAUUAAGGAAAAUUUAAGAUCACCUCUAUCGUUUAGUGUGCAUAUUGGAAUGAAGUACAAAGGUUCAAAUACUAUAUUAGAGGUUCCUUACAACACAAAUGAUUUGAAGGGGACAUUUCUUAAAAUCCACAAGCGUGAGUUCGGGUUUAUUUUACCUUCAAAGACAAUUAUAUUAACUCAGACCGUAUCUGUUAGGGGUACUUCUUCAGAGAAAAAUGGUCAUAAAGUUGAUAUUCAGCAGGAGCUAAAAAAAAAUGUAGGUAGCAAGUUUGUUUCCGGAACUCAUAAUAGCAGACAGGGUGUGUUUUUUGACGUUCACACAUUACCUAAGACUAGAACAUCACCGACGAAAAAUUCUAUUGAGGAACUACAAACGCCUAUUUUCAAAUUACCAGAGUUGAAGACUGGUGAUAGGAUUCGAGGCCCUGCACUAAUUGUCGAUGCUACCCAAACAAUAUUGGUGGAACCCCAGUCAACGGCAACUAUUUUACUGGAUCAUGUUAUUUUGGAUUUGGAACAUGACGAAGAAAAAUCACUUUAUGUGGGACGUGGAGAUAUCAUUAAUCUCGACACUCCUUUGUCUAAAGCAGAUCCGAUUCUCUUGACUGUAUUUGGUCAUAGGUUUAUGGGUAUUGCCGAGACAAUGGGUCGAACGUUACAAAGGACUGCAGUGUCAACAUCAAUCAAAGAACGUCUUGAUUUUUCUUGUGCUAUAUUUGGACCAGAUGGUUCAUUAGUAGCCAAUGCUCCUCAUAUUCCAAUCCAUCUUGGAUCUCUCUCUAAUGCUAUAAUCUACCAACACAACCUAUGGAAGGGUAAGUUGAAGCCGGGUGAUGUUCUUGUGACAAAUCAUCCUGAAGCCGGCGGAACACACUUGCCAGAUAUUACUGUGAUUACUCCAGUUUUCCAUGAGGGGGAGAUAGUUUUUUAUGUUGCAUCAAGGGGACAUCAUGCAGAUAUUGGUGGUGCGGGAAUCACUGCGAUGUCUCCUAAUUCAAGACGCUUGUGGCAAGAGGGCGUUUCUAUUAAGAGCUUCAAACUUGUUAAGGAAGGGGACUUCGAUGAAGAAGGGAUCGUUAAAAUGUUUAUGAAAGCUGGUGAAUAUCCCGGAUGCUCUGCAACAAGAAAAAUCAAUGAUAAUAUCAAUGAUUUGCGUGCGCAGGUGAGUGCCAACCAAAAAGGUAUUCGACUUGUACAAGCGCUCUUCGAGGAAUUUGGCAAAGGAUUUGUUCAAUUUUACAUGGCUGCCAUUAGAAAUAAUGCUGAGCAGGCUGUCCGUGAGUUUUUUCGUGAUAUGCAUCGUGUUCAUGGAGGGAAAGCCUUGCAUGCCGUGGAUUACUUUGAUGAUGGCAUUCCUGUCAAGUUAAGCAUUACUUUUGAUGGGGAAGCUGGGGAAGCGACAUUCGAUUUUACAGGUACUGGUCCAGAGGAAUAUGGUCCCAUGAAUGCCCCAGCUUCGAUUACAGCUUCUUGCGUGAUGUAUGUUGUAAGGUGUCUAAUUGAUUUAGAUAUUCCUCUCAACCAAGGCUGCUUAGUGCCAUGCCAUAUAGUGAUUCCAAAGGGCACUAUCCUUAAUCCGAUUGGGGAUGUAGCAAUAUGUGGCUCUACUAUUUCUGGUCAGCGUAUCACAGAUACUAUCCUUAAAUGUUUCGGUGUUGCUGCCGCUUCUCAGGGAGAUGCAAAUUCGUUCGGAUGGGGUCGAGGCGGAAAGCAUCCAUAUACAGGCAAAGUUCUUCCUGGAUUUGCAACAGGUGAAGCAUUAGGUGGGGGUGUGGGUGCAAUGGAAGGUUAUAAAGGGGCAUCUGCCUGUAACGUUCAUUGUACAAAUACCAAGACUACAGAUAUCGAAAUUGUUGAGACCAGAACCCCUGUUCUUGUCACAAAAUGGUCAAUCAGACGUGGCUCUGGUGGACGCGGUAAAUGGUACGGUGGGGAUGGUGCUACUCGAGAAAUUCAAGCACUUGUUCCUCUUAGAGUUUCCAUUAUUUCGGAACGUCGAAUAUACCAUCCUUAUGGAAUAAUGGGUGGUGAAUCUGGUGAUUGUGGUUCGAACUAUUGGUUCAGGAAGAUGCCUGACGGCACUUACCUAAAAAUUCAUAUGAAUGCCAAGGAAAUAAUUUAUGUUAAUACCGGUGACCGUGUUCAGAUCAAUACUCCGGGUGGUGGUGGAUAUGGAAAAGCAGAGUGA